CGAGAAUUCCAAUAACUGCCGUGUCAGUCUUCUCUUUCUAUUGAUCUGCAGAUUUUUUUUUCAUCUCUCUAAAAUAAGGUCGAUAUUCAAUGAUGGCAGAUGGUCACGAUAACGAUAAGAAUAUCGAGAUAUGGAAGAUCAAGAAACUUAUAAAGGCACUUGAAGCUGCUCGAGGCAAUGGUACCAGCAUGAUUUCUCUAAUCAUGCCUCCACGGGAUCAAGUAUCUAGGGUCACUAAGAUGCUUGGAGAUGAAUUCGGAACUGCAUCAAACAUCAAAAGUAGAGUGAAUCGUCAAUCUGUGCUGGGUGCAAUCACAUCUGCUCAGCAGAGACUUAAACUCUACAACAAGGUUCCACCGAAUGGGCUUGUGCUUUAUACCGGUACAAUCAUAACUGAAGAUGGGAAAGAGAAGAAGGUUACAAUUGAUUUUGAGCCCUUCAGGCCCAUUAAUGCAUCUCUAUAUCUUUGUGAUAACAAGUUCCACAUAGAAGCCUUGAAUGAACUUUUGGAAUCCGAUGACAAGUUCGGGUUUAUUGUGAUGGAUGGGAAUGGGACACUUUUUGGGACAUUGAGUGGAAAUACCAGGGAGGUCCUUCACAAGUUUAGUGUCGAUCUGCCCAAAAAACAUGGAAGAGGAGGACAGUCUGCACUACGUUUUGCUCGUCUUCGGAUGGAGAAACGUCACAACUAUGUGAGGAAAACAGCAGAGCUUGCAACCCAGUUUUAUAUUAAUCCUGCCACCAGCCAGCCCAACGUUUCAGGCCUGAUACUAGCUGGAUCUGCUGACUUUAAGACAGAGCUUAGCCAGUCUGAUAUGUUUGAUCCUCGUCUUCAGGCAAAGAUUUUAAAUGUGGUCGAUGUUUCUUAUGGAGGGGAAAAUGGUUUCAACCAAUCAAUUGAGCUGUCUGCUGAGGUCUUGGCCAAUGUGAAAUUUAUACAAGAGAAGAAAUUGAUUGGAAAGUAUUUUGAGGAGAUAAGUCAGGACACCGGGAAGUAUGUUUUUGGGGUUGAUGAUACCUUGAAAGUUCUGGAAAUGGGUGCUAUUGAGACCCUUAUUGUGUGGGAAAAUCUGGACAUUAAUAGGUACGUGUUGAAAAAUAACACUUCUGGAGAAACAAUCAUCAAGCACUUGAACAAGGAGCAAGACACUGUCCAAAGUAACUUCCGUGAUCCUGAUACAAAUGCGGAAUUAGAAGUUCAGGAUAAAUUGCCACUACUUGAGUGGUUUGCGAAUGAGUACAGGAGAUUUGGUUGUAGUUUGGAGUUCGUUACAAACAAAUCACAAGAAGGAUCUCAGUUUUGCCGUGGUUUUGGUGGCAUUGGAGGCAUUCUCCGCUACCAGGUUGAUGUUAGAGAUUUUGAUGAACUUUCUGAUGAUGGUGAGGUUUACGAAGAUUCUGAAUAGCAGUUAAGUAACUUCACAAAUACCAGUGCAGGAGUGGAGCAGGAAGCCUGUACUGGUGCGCGAGGGCUCUCGCCUUACUCGGCUGCUCAUGUGUUUAGCGAAAAAUUACUCGGAGAUCUUCAGGUCUGUGGGCAGAGACGUUAUCUUGUUCUUGAAUGUGAAGUUUAACAGUAAAGACAAACUUUGAUGAUCUAACCACCUAUCAUCUUUUAUGUGCAAAAUAUCUCUGGGUGAUUCAGAAAUACUUGCUGUAUUUCGUUUGUAAUAUGCUUUUAUUUUUCCUGGUUUACUAGAUGGAUGACCUGCAUGAAAAAGUGAAGUAUCCAGAAAUUUCUUCGAGUUUGUCUGAGAUCUACGAAGGUCACUUCUAUUUCAUAAAUCCUGUUCCAGGAGUCCAGCAGGAAGGUUGCAUUGGCAUGCAAGGGCUCGCGCCUGACUUGGCCACUCAUGUGCUUAGCGACAAAUCACUGCGAACUUUGCAUCAGGUCAGUGGACAGAGACAUAUAUAGUCUUGUCCUUGAAUGUGAAGUUGCGAGUAUCUUAGCACUUAGCAGUAAAGAUCUCCUUUGAUCGAGCAACUUAUCUUCUCGAAGAUUGUAAAUAUAUGCAUAUUUUCCUUCCUAGUAUUUUUCUCUUUUUUUGUGGUUUACUAGAUGGAUAACCUGCAUGAAGAAACGACGUUACUAGUAAUUUCUUUGCAUUUGGCUUGGAUCAGAUUGUCACUUUCAUCUCUGAAGUGUCGCGUCUGCAGUGUAGCAGCUAUGCAAGAACUUAAUCUGGGUUCCGUUGGAGUUGACAGGGAGCUAUAUUUAUGCUAUGCGCUCUUUGGUGAGUGAAAUGCCAGUGUUACUAUCGUAUCAUCUACGAAGUUAGUACCUUGAAGUACUAUUAGUAUCAUAUUAUCUAAGAAAUAAUUUGCAGUAUGAUUUUGCUGAAACAAGUACUAUGUAAUAGCAAUGACUAUACAUGUUUCGAGAUUUUUAUGACUGGUAUAUCGUGUGAUAGACCUAUUUCCGCACUGAAUAAAUACUACUAUGAUAUUAUCGAUGAAGCUGGUAGUUUGUA